AUGCCGAGAACCAGUUCGAUUAGAUGGCGAAAAUUAUUAACAAUAUGUCCGAAAACGAACGUACAUUUAAUUACAACUUUAUUAAUUAUAUUCUCUACGUUAACACCAUGUUUAACGCAAGACGAUACGAGUAGUAGUGAUAUGGCGGGAAAUUUAAAUCCACGAAAUUCUAGAUCAUUCCAAAAUUCGGAUAGUACAUCGAAUCAAAAUCGUGAUACAUACAGUCAAAAAUACGUUUACAGCGCUGUAGAUGGUACAAGUAGCACAUCUUCAGAUUCCAACAAUGGCAUCUCCAGAUGUACGACUUGCAUGAAACGUAAAGAAUUAGAAAAGCAUAUAAUUGAGAGUUUGAAAAGAGAGAUGCUCAUGAAGAUGGGAAUGCAGGAAGAACCAAAUAUAACAACGUUACCACAAAUGACACCAGCGCGUAUGCAAGAAGUUAUCAAAAAAUUUGGAUUCGACAUGGAUCAAGGUAUGCAAGGCGAUGAUCCAAAUGCGUACAUGCAACAAAAUGGUGGUUACGGUGAUAUGUGGAGCGAAGGAAAACAGUUAUGGAAAGAAGGUAUUAAAGUCCAUGAAGAAGGUGACGAUUUUCAUGCGAAAACUGAAAAAAUGAUUGUAUGGGCUCAACCAUUUCGUCUACGUCAUGGAUGGAAAGAACAUAAUGUAUUAAUAUUUCGUUUCUCGGAUAAAACGUUACGUCAUCCAGUCAAAGAAGCCAUAUUGAAUGUUUGGGUAAAUCCUCCGUCACGGAACCAUCAUCGUAAGAAAAGAACACCAUCUCCAACGAAAAGCAAACAUAACGAAACCGUCCCCAACAAUCAUAAACACAGUGAAAAUAUUUUAAAGCGGUCAAAACGUAGUAAAUCUACGGACAAUGAUAAUAAAUUCGGUGACGAACAUUCGCGUCCUGUUAUAAACAAAGAAAAUGAUUAUAUAUCAGUGAUUCCAACCUCAGUGUUCCCACCACUUGACAUCGAAGAACCCGAAACAAUUACGGUUAGUGUUUAUAAAGUGCAUAAAAAUCAAAAAAAUCCGGAAACACCUAGUUUUGAGUUAAUUGCAUCGGAAAAUGUGUUACGGUCGCAUUUAAAAGGUGAUGGAAAAUGGAUACCAUUGGAUAUAUCGCCAAUGUUAUCGUCAUGGUUUAAAGCUCCACGUGAAAAUUGGGGCUUUGUUGUACGUGCGGAAGAUGAAAAUGGCGUUGGUUUCGAUGUACAACAUUGUAAGAGUGAAGAUGAUUCAAAAGUUCCGUACGUUGAGUUAUACACAGUAGAUGUAUCACAAAAACGAAAAAAACGCUCAUAUGGUUUAGAUUGUACGGAAAACUCCGAUGAAACACGAUGCUGCCGGUAUCCAUUAACAGUGGAUUUUCAAGAAUUUGGAUGGGAUUGGAUUAUUGCACCAAAACAAUAUCGAGCAAAUUACUGUUCGGGUGAAUGUGGUUAUGUGUUCUUGCAAAAAUUUCCACAUACACAUAUCGCAAGUUUGGCCAGUCCUACGCAACCAGACACAAAACCAGCAGUCGAAGCAUGUUGUGCCCCACGGAAAAUGUCUCCAAUAUCAAUGUUAUACUUCGAUCACGAAUUAAACAUCAUAUACGGCACACUCCCAAAUAUGGUGGUCGACAGAUGUGGAUGUUCCUAA